UAUAUAAUCACAUCUACUAAACUAAACAUCACAUCUCUUCUGCUUCUUCAUCUUCUUCGUCCCAAGAGAAACAAAGUCUACUUUGCUUCUUCUUCUUCUUGCUUUCUCUCUAGAUCUUUCAUAUCAUAUUCAUUUCUUCACUGCAAAAAUCUUCUUCUUCUCAUACUUUUUAUAAGAAGAAGACAUGGAAGAUCACUCUAAAAUAUUUCAAGAAGACGACCAAAUCGAACCAGAAGACGAGAUCAUAAUCUCGUACUACCUGAACAUGAUGAUCAACAACCGCAAAUCCUGGCCUGGCCACUUUCUCCGAGACGAAGAAGCAAACGUGUACAACCUGAACCCAUGGCGUUCCUUCAACACUAACCCUUACAACUUCAUCUUCGUCAAAAGCAGAACAGAUUCUUGCGGCAAGACCGAUGGAAGUGUCACUGGCUGCUGGAGGAUCAUGGCCCGUGAUAAACCGAUCAAGUCCGAGGAGACCGGGAGGAUUCUAGGGUUCAAGAAGAUCCUCAAGUUCUGUGAAAACGACAAGAAACGACCAGAGGAAGAAGAAGGAGAGAUCAUCUGGGUCAUGGAGGAGUAUAGGCUCGUUGAUAAAUGGAAGCAAGAUCAAGUCAUUUGCAAGAUUAGGGCUUUGCUACGAUACGAGGUCACUUCCUUGCUCGCCAAGCAAUUCUCGUUUCUCUCUAAAUGGAUCAUUCCCUUAACUCGAAGAGAUCUCUUGCCGAGUUUUGAUCUCUGUGUACCGAACCCACCAACGGACGAGAUCAUCUCGUACUAUCUGAAGAUGUGUGUGGAUGCUCGAAACGACUGGCCUAGCCAUUUCCUCCAGAGCGAGCAAGUGUACGGUGCAGUGCCGUGGAUGAUCGUGGAUGCUGACCAGAGCUCCGUGGAGCUGCACAAGGGACGCUACUUCUUCGUUAACCGUGAAGAGAGUUCUGGUCGGACAGAUCACGGAUGCGAUGGGGGUUGCUGGAGGAUCAUGAGACGAGAUAGAGUGAUCAGUUCGAAGAGAAACAAGGAGGUUCUUGGGUUCAAGAGGUUGUUCAAGUUCUGUGUCAAGGAGGGGGAAGCAGAACCGGUUUACAAGUUUUGGGGAGAUGAGAAGUAUGAAGUGAACGAGUUUAAGGUGACUUGGGUGAUGGAUGAGUAUAGGCUGGCUAAGAAGAAGGAGCAAGGUAAAGUUAUUUGCAGGAUUAGCCUUCUCUUCCCAUCUCCACUUGACAGUCAUUUUGAAUAUUUCUAGGAUUCCAUGUGUGUUUCUCAUACGAAUAUUUCAUUCAGAUUCUGUUUCUAUUUCAUUUACUCUCUCUUUAA